UUAAUCGGAAAGGGCAGAUGCUGACUAGGAUGGAAAGUUGGAUCCGGACUCCCACUUUCUUUGUAGUGAGAAUCAAAAGGACAAGAGCAAGGCCACAAGAACUUGUGGCUGAGAAUCGUUCUCUCGCUUACGUGGCAUCCACAGCUUUUGUUAAACUGAGCAAAACCAAGAAACGACGACGACGACGACACCCAACACACCCACACCCACACUUCAUCACCAGCAGCAGCAGCUAACCAUUUACUCCAGAGGAGCUCUCUCCAUUGGUUUUUCCAUUUCUUCGGUUUUCUCGCUCUCUUCUUCUUCUUCUUAAUCUCAAGUCCCUUUUUGUUUCCCUUUUUUCCGAAAGAACAGAAAUGUCGGAAACCAGAGACCCAGCAAUCAAGCUCUUUGGAAAAACCAUCCCUCUCUCAAACAACGAAGAUAAUCCAGCAGUUUCCGGAGAUUCCGCCUCUGCUACUGUUUCUUCUCUUGUUAGUACUGGAGAUAACGAUUCUGAUCUUGAUCGGACGAGUUCUCAGGACAACAAAUCAAGCAAAGGAGGAGAAGUCGACCGAUUACAACAACAGAAGGAUGAAGUGGGAGACAAACCCAGUGAGACUAUGGAAGAAGAUGGUGCACCUCCUCCAAGUUCAGACCAAUUGACAAAUCCAGCUACAUUGUCAGGGAAUAAUGACAACCGUAAAACACACUCUGUUGACAACGAAAAUGCAAUGCCAAAAGCUUCUGAUACUGAAGAGGAACAGAAUGAGACAGAUAACUCGCAGGAAAAGACCAUGAAGAAGCCAGACAAGAUCCUACCAUGCCCCCGCUGUAAUAGCAUGGAUACCAAGUUCUGUUACUAUAACAAUUAUAAUGUGAAUCAGCCCAGGCAUUUCUGCAAGAACUGCCAGAGAUACUGGACAGCUGGUGGGACUAUGAGAAAUGUGCCUGUGGGUGCUGGCCGCCGGAAGAACAAGAACUCUGCUUCACAUUACAGGCACAUUAAUGUCUCUGAAGCCCUCCAAACGGCAUCAGAUUUACCCGAUGGGAUCCACCACCCUUUGAAACCCAAUGGCACUGUACUCACCUUUGGUUCAGAUACACCUCUUUGUGAAUCAAUGUCUUCUGUGUUGAACCUUGCAGAAAAAACAAUGCGGAAUUGUACAAGGAAUGGAUUUCAAAGACCAGAAGAAAGGAAAAUUUCUGUUUCUUGCGGUGGGGGAGAAAAUGGGGAUGACCACUCCAAUGGAUCUUCUGUCACAGCUUCCAACUCAAUUGAGGAGGGUGGCAAGGUGAGUUUGCAAGAACCAGUGAUGCAGAAUUAUCACAGUUUUCCUCCUCAGGUUCCAUGCUUUCCGGGGGCUCCUUGGCCUUAUCCGUGGAACUCGACUCAAUGGAGUCCUGCAGUGCCCCCACCUGCCUUCUGCCCUCCAAGCUUUCCAGUAUCAUUCUACCCCACAGCAACCUAUUGGGGCUGUACUGUCCCAGGCUCUUGGAACAUCCCUUGGAUCACCCCACCAUCUUCUUCCCCAUGUCCCGGGCCUCCAGGCUAUGGUCCUAGCUCUCCAACCUUGGGAAAGCAUUCAAGAGAUGGUAACAUGCUUAAACCGAGUAAUUCAGAGAAAGAAGAUCCAGUAAAACAGAGCAAUUCAGAGAAAUGCCUUUGGAUCCCAAAGACAUUGAGGAUCGAUGAUCCUGGGGAAGCUGCCAGGAGUUCCAUAUGGGCUACACUGGGGAUUAAGAACGAUAAGGCAGAUUCAAUCAGUGGAGGAGGGCUCUUCAAAGCCUUCCAGUCAAAGGGUGGUGAAAAGAAUCACAUGACUGAAACCUCUCACGUACUACAAGCCAAUCCUGCAGCAUUAUCUCGGUCACUCAACUUCCAUGAGACCUCAUGAUAAGCCAGAUGCAAAGCCUGUUGUUGUAAGAUGUUUCACUGAGGUGGUGAGGCAUAGAGGGAACAACUCAUAGAGACUAUUUUGCACCACUUACUUUUCCAUGAGUUAUGUUGGUACAAUGGCUUCAUUGCAGGACUUGGCAGGCCAAUCCAACUGAGACGGACCAGAAAAGGAUCCGUCUGGUUUCCCCAGAAAGGAACUAUCCUGAAAUAGUUUGAAACCAAAUGAUUUCAUCUUUCUUCUUUCUUAUUUGUGAAAAUAUUAGCAGGGCCUUCUGGUUUUCACAUAGUUGGUUGUUGAGGUGGUGUAACUUCUUCAUGUAUAUAUCUAUGUAUGAUGACAAAGUUAGAUAGGGCAGAGCAUAGCAGUGAGAGACCUAAAUGUAUCGUAUUCUCUGAUUUACUGAAGUAAGUUUGCAUAUCUAAUGAAGUUCUUCAUUUUCAACUCUGAACAAA